AUGGGGAGCUCCAUCGUUUUCCAUUCGCGCCUUUCCGUCUCUCUUCUAUGUGCGUGUAUCGUGGGGCUGAGUGCCUCUCAUAGACAUGCUUUCGCCGAGCCUAACGUCGCCUCACCCGACAUGACUCCUUCUAUGGAGCCUAUGAAGAUGGGAGAGCUAAUGAUGGCGCCGGAUGCAUUUCCCACAGAAGCGAGAGAGGGCGUGAAAAUGGAAGAGGGCCUGUUUGGCAGAAAGACCGUCGUCGAGCAGGUCAUCUCUAAUGCUGUGAAGCGGUUCGCCGAUGCGUUCACGGCACACCAAAGCAAAAUAAAUUUCGAGUCAGAAUAUCUCAAUCCAGUCGAAGAAGAACUUUCGGCGGUGAUGCAUGCAGUGGAGCUUUUUCAGCAGUUUGUUCUUCCUCCGGUGGCAGAGGUGGCUAAGCUGCCCAUGGAGGCUUUGCGGGCUGCGUCAGAGGUAGUUGAUGACCUCCUCCGGCGUUUCAUUGACCCAGAAGUGGGUGAUGCCGGAAACGCAGAUGGAGGUGGACUCGGCACAGUCGAGGGCUCUUGCGACAGGCGAACGACCUACAACAUCAGAUCAACCGACGACCUGCAAGAAAACAGAGCGGACCUGGAAUGCAUUUUCGCCCGCGGAGAAGCUCCCAGACGACCUCCUUUGGGUGUUGUGGUGGGACGUGUUCAUGAGGCUGGCGCGACAGACCUAUACAAUCUCGCAAUGAAAAUUUGGUGGGCUGGCAAGCUCGCUUUUCAAACGCGCUGCGGAUCGUCAAGAGACGUGUUCAUGAUUCAAAACCUGAUACACAAGAUGCGUGACCAAGCAAGCCAAGUCCAUCUUGGUGUCAUCAACAACGAGCAUAUGUACCGCAACGUUGUCGAUGUCCUCAGGAAAGUUGGGGAAACAGAAGACGGAGGCCACAUUUUGCUGGGCAAAGCCAUGCUUAGAGAUCCACUAGAUUUUCCAGAUAAUGGAGAUAUACUCGCAGCCUUCUGGUCCGGUGUCUCGUACGACCACGAUGCAUUUCAGUCUUCUCGUGGAGACUUCAAGUUGGCGCAAUUGGAUCGAUCGUUCACAUACAGACACCAGAGCAUCGUUGAGGUGUUGCGCCGGUUUUUGCCCCUCCUUGAGCUUGUUGGAGACCCUACGACCGUUGGUCCUCUUCUCUAUGAUAGCGUGCUUCGGUGGAAGUCGGGAAAAGAGCUUCUGUCGCCCACGCAGGCAUCCGCUGCGCGCAAUUAUCGUAUGGGUGGCGAACCGGCGGAUUCCCAGUUCCGCCUGGGUCCAUAUCCGGAAGAUAGAGCACCAUUCUCAUAUCUCAGUGGUGCUCUUCCACCUCGAUUCUCCAUCGCCGACCUUCUUCAGAAAUUUAAAAGUGAAGCUGAAGAUGCGGCUACCGCCGGCGUGGAGGCUUCCUCCUAA